GGACCGGCCGGUCAGAGUCGGGUUUGACAACCUUGGUUCACAGUGUAGUUGUAUUCUAUCUUUUCAAAAUCAAUAAAAUUACUUUCUUUUCUUUACAAGAGAUCAUCUCAGAGAGCUUAAAUCAGAAUAUCUUAUUGAGUGCUUCUCACAUUCUGGGUUUAAAAUUGGUAUCAGAGCCUACUCUUUGAAGGAUUAACCAUUGCCAAAGAGAAGGUCUUGGGAUGUCUGGGUCUUCGUCAACCGCGGUCUCUUACUCCGCAAAUACAAAUCCCUCGUGGUUUGAUGGAACGAACUACACGGUCUGGAAGAAGAGGAUGCGAAUCUAUCUUCGUGGACUUGAUGAAGAAUUGUGGGCAGUUGUCAGGAAGGGACCAGUCCCUAUGGAGGAUGAAGACGAAGAAGAUUGGAAAGAGGAGCAGAAGAUCUCUUCUCAUCUUGACUCAAGAGCUAUGCAUAUCCUGUUUUCAGCGUUGUGUCCAGAGGAAAGAAGUCAAGUAGCUCAAUGCGAGUCAGCUAAAGAGAUUUGGGAGUCUCUUCAGACUACCCAUGAAGGUACGUCUGAGGUUAAAGAAAGUAGGAUUGAUGUCAUGCUGAAUGAGUAUGAAUCAUUUGGAAUGAGUUCAUGAGAAUCAAUCUCUAGUAUGUAUAUAAACGGUUCAAUGACUUGAUAAAUAGAUUAAAAGGAUUAGGAAAAUUCUUUGAAACUAAGGAUUUAGUUAGUAAAAUUCUAAGAUGCCUACCUAGAGAAUGGUUACCUAAACGCACUGCAAUUGAAGAAGCUAAAGAUCUAAAUGUUUUGUCUAUUGAAAGACUGGUAGGAUCUUUAUUAAGUCAUGAAGAAGUUAUGAUUCAAAUGAACAAAGAAGAUCAUAGGAGGAGAAAAGUUAUAGCCUUUAAGGCUCUAGAAUACGAUAGCGAUUCUGAGAUAGACAUGGGAGAGGAAUUUGAAAAAGAAUUUGCCCUUGCCAGUAGGAAAUUUCAUCGCAUGCUCAAAAUGAAGAAGGACUUUCAGA